CUCCCAGCGAUUCCGAUUCCCGGGUGGCUCCAGGGAGAGGGAGAGAAGGUCGGGGUCUCUUCAGCAGCUCCCAGGUUGUGCCUCCGUCCAAGGCCAGCUCUUGUUUGGUUUGGAGCCAAUUUUCCAUCCGAGCCUGGAGGCAGAAUGGAGCAGGUCCCGGGAAUCACCGCCGAGGGCCCUUCUGGAGACGACAAGAGGAACCAGGAGGCACCCUCCCGCAAGGGACUCUGGAGGAUCAUCCCAGAAGGCUUUCUGGCAGAACUCUACAGUCUCUUCUUUCUGGCUGGCCCCAUGUUCAUAUACCAACUAUUGAUUUUCAUGAUCUUCGUGGUAAGCACCAUCUUCUGUGGGCACCUGGGAAAGCUGGAGUUGGCUGCGGUGACAUUGGCAGUGGCAUUUGUCAAUAUCUGUGGCGUUUCGGUUGGUUAUGGGAUGGCCUCGGCGUGUGACACACUGAUGUCUCAGACAUAUGGAAGCACCAACAAGAAGUAUGUGGGGGUCAUCCUGCAGAGGGGAAUCUUGAUUCUGCUGCUGUGCUGCUUUCCCUGCUGGGCCCUCUUCAUUAACACUGAGCAGAUCCUCUUGCUCCUCAGACAAGACCCUGAUGUGUCUAGUAUAACCCAGGAAUAUGUGAUGCUCUUCCUUCCUGCUCUGCCGAUGAUUUUCCUUUAUUGCUUAGAGGUGAAGUACCUACACAAUCAGGGCAUUGUCUGGCCUCAAGUUCUCAGCAGUAUCCUGGCAAAUGGCAUCAAUGUGUUGGCUAACUAUAUCUUUGUCUCCAUUUUGGAUCUGGGAGUGCCGGGCUCUGCUUUGGCCAACACCAUUUCCCAGUUCAUCCAGCCCAUUGUCCUUUUCCUGUAUAUCAUGGCGAGGAAACUCUACCGGGAAACAUGGGAAGGUUGGUCCCUCCAGUGUCUACAGGACUGGCAAGCCUUCUUGUCUCUGGCUAUCCCGGGCAUGCUUAUGAUCUGUAUCGAGUGGUGGGCCUAUGAGAUUGGAAGCUUCCUGAUAGGUUUGCUUAGUGUGGCGGAACUGUCUGCCCAGUCCAUAAUUUAUGAGGUGUCAACUAUUGCGUACAUGAUUCCUCUCGGGUUUGGUAAUGCUGCCUGUGUCCGAGUGGGGAAUGCAUUAGGUGCUGGGAACAUCCAAGCAGCUAAGAAAACUGCGGUUUCGAGUGUGUUGGCCACUUGUGGCAUCUUUUUUGUCAUUGGCUCCCUGCUAACCAUCUUCAAGGAUAUCCUGGGACGGAUUUUUACCAAUGAUGAAGAAGUCAAUUCCCUGGUGAUCUGGGUCAUGCCUGUCUACAUCGCCUUUAACCUGUUUGAGUCACUCUGUUGUGUUUGCGGAGCAGUGUUGAGAGGAACUGGCAAGGUCGUCUUUGGGGCUGCAGUGAAUGCUGUGGGCUAUUAUGCCAUCGGUCUCCCAAUUGGGGCUGUGCUGGUAUUUGUGGCCAAAAUUGGAGUCAGAGGCCUCUGGCUGGGGAUGCUGGUCUGUGCCGUCACAGCAACCAUUACUUUUAUCGUCUACACUGCCAGAAUUAAUUGGAAUUUGGCCGCAGAGGAGGCUCAGAAACGGGUUGGACUUCACCAAGAGUCUGAAAGCACGAGUCCCGCCCCAGGGCUGGAGAAGGUGGCCAUUUCUUCAGUGGCUACAGAUAGCAAUCCUGGAAUUACUUUGAUGAGGUACUCAAAAACGGAGAGCCACACAGACCUCUUACCACCUCUGGAAGCAGCUUCUACCCUUUCGGGUCCCCGAAACGUUCUGUCACUAAAGCAGCUGGCUGUCCGCCGGGGGCUUUCUCUUCUGUUGGCUGUCACAGUGCUCGUGCUAGGGGUCACGGUCAAGAUCAUGAUUCCUGUGCACUAGUAAGAAGGUCUGCCUCGCUGGAAAAGAGACAUCUUGGAAGCGUGGCCCUGGGACAGCACCACGAGGGCCCGCGGUGCAGGAGAACUCUUCGGGAAGGUCCUGAGCUACUGAAAACCUCUUCUUUAUAAACUGUUUAUGAGUGCUUCAUGGGAACCCAAGCCAGCUUCCCUUCUGGACCACAGGAGGUCGGGCUUCCAAGUGGUCAGGGGGAAUGUCAAACUGCUUGGCUCUCUCCACCUUGGACAGCUCAUCCGAAAUAUGGAGCAAACUUGAACUGAAAUCCUGAAGACUGUCAAAGCUGUUUUCAAGUGGGAAUAGGUCCAAACUGUACAAGUUUUAUAAGAACACACUAAGACACGCUGCUGACCAAGUUCAUCCUCGAAGCCUUUUCUGGGCUGUUUACACACUCCUGGUCCGCACUCUAUGGGGAAGAGGGUCCCUGCCACAUCCCACCCACUCCAAAGCCAUGGACAACCAUGAUGCUUUGCUCCAUACAACUGCUGUCUGGGGGAAUGGGGUAGCUGUUGGGAAUGCUCUCCUGAAAUCAUAUACAUAAUUCUCAUCAUACAGUGCAUUAGAAAUUCUCCCGAGCCUCUGUCCUUGUCUUUUUCUCCUCUUGGCAAUUUUGCACCCACAGGGCAGCACAUGCCGCCUACUCUCAGGCACAAGAGCCCUAUUUCAGGGUUGGUUUAAAUUCCAUUUUGCUUGCCUUUUAAGGUCCUGGGUUCGUUCAGUGUUGUGGAACACAAAGCACAAUGAAAGACAUUCUCUUAGUGGUAGCAUCUAGGGCGAGUCUAGGGCAGCUAGGGUAGCAGUCUGCCACACAAUGACCAGUUACUUUGCUGAAAAUAUAAAUACUUGGGUUAAAUGUGUCUAAUAAACAGGCCUGCAGCUAGAAAGGAA